GGUUCCAUUCUGGAGCCUCCGCAGCCCCUGGCUGCUGCACUGCGCCCCGGGCAGACAGUGCUGCAGUAAGUCUCACCCACGGGGGUUUCUCUGCUUCCCCCUGCCAGCGCGAGACCAUCAGGGCACCAGCAUCAAUCUGUAGGCCCCAGGCAAAGGGGUAAACUCAGGGGUUGUGCCCCACGCUGCAGGCAGGCUGUCCAUUCACCCCUUUGGGUGCCCUCCUCCCGGCACACACGAUGUGACACGGUGGCACUUGGAGCAUCUCACCCAGUAUCGCUCGUCCCUGGCACAGGGCUCUGGUCCUCACCUUCCCAGGAUGUUCAGAGCUGCAGGAAUCGCCCUCCUCUUGCUGGUCACCGGCGUCGCAUGCGAUGAUACUGCAGCCGACGACAUCGGGCCUCACACAAUGGGCCGCAUCGCGGAGCUCCUGUCCCCUGAGGAGUGCCACGAGUUCUACGUGGACAUCACCAGCCCCGAGGAGGACGUGGACAAGGAGCUGGCCCGCCUCUCCGAGGAGAACAACCCCAUCCAUGCCCGCCCCCGGCGUGCCAUCGCCAGCACGGAGCAGUGUCGGGACAUCCUGACCCAGUGGCUCAGGACCGACGGUGACGCGCUGUACUGGGACCGGCUGGCCCGUGCCCUCCGCCGCAUCGGGCGCCCCGAUGUCUCCUAUGAGUUGGGCAAGAACCUGAACCAGGACAAGAACCUGGAGCUGAAGCGGAACGUGGACGAGUACCACGAGAGGGUGGCACACCUCACCUCCUCCCUGCUGCUGGAGGACGAUGAGAAAUACGGCGAGAGGCAGCGGCGUGGGCAGGCGCGGCGAGCCCGCGGUGCUGGGCUGGCGCUUGAGGCCUGGGAUGACCUUGAGCUGGUCAUUGAGAGGCGGCCACAGCCCCCUUACAACAGGAGCCUCUUCAGCUGGGUCAGCCCCGUGGCCACCGGCUUUGUGGGCGGGCUCCUCGCCUCCGUCCUGCUGGUGGCUGCAGCCCUGUACUCCUGCCUCUGGGCCCCGAGCCCCGACGCCUUGGGCCCCCCCCAUCACAGCCGUGACUCCCCGUUGCCACCCCUGGCUCACGCCCGGUGGGGUGUGGACAGCCACAGUUACCCCUGGCUUGUCAACCACGACUUGGAGGAGGAGGCCUCCGACGAUGCCAGCCUAGAUGGAGAGCCCUAGCGCACCCUGCCCCACUGGCCACGAGCCGGCUUGGCUCGCACACAGUGUGACCAACGGGGGCUCGAGCCCAGGGACCCCUCCACCUGUGCCAAGAGCAUUGCUGGGCAAAUUGAGAUGAAGGAGCUGGA